AUGAUUCCACAAAUAAACCAAGAACGGUAUUUUCAUAAUAAAGACCGCAUUUUAUUUGAAAAAUACAUGCAAGCUGAAGAUGUCAGGCAAUUUAAACCAAUUGGACACUCCCUUAUUAAACAAAUGCAGAUAGAGCCGGCUGUAAAUUUAAUAAAAAAUACAAGAAAAAUAGAAAUCUUAGAAAGCAAACUGCUUGAGGAGUGGAAAUUUAAAGAAGAACAAAGGCUGAGGAGAAUGAAAAAAAUUGAUCAAGAAAAAGACCAUGAUUAUGGACUUUUAUAUCAAAGAGUUAUAAGAGAUUCUGCAAGACAAGAAGCAAAAUUAAUCAGAAAAAGCUUGCCAAUGGGCCCAAAAGUGGACCCUUUGCCUUAUUUAAAAAAGACAAGAGAAGCUUUAUGCAACAGUCUGAGUUUAGAAAGUGAAGAAGAGAUUAUUAAUGAAAAGUCGACUCCUGACCCUGGAUUUGUGUAUUUAUAUCCUCACGAACAAAUUAAAAAAGGAAUUGGCUUUAAAAUCGGAAACAAAACCAAAAUAAAGUCAAAAAGUAAGUCACCUUCCCCCGUUUCUUCUAAAACCCCUAGCAAGCUUAUUAAGGCAAGUAUAUACCACAAAGCAAACACCUCAAUCGACUCACCUUUUAAUUUCAAGCUUCUAUUGAAAUAA